CUUGGGUUCAUGGUCUCUAAUAUUUCAAACAGGAGCUCCCUUUAGCGAGUCCUUCUUUUCCUGACUGCAGCUCUUUUCAUUUUGCCACCCUUUUCCAGCUCCAUGAUGGUUCUGCAGGUUUCUGCGGCCCCCCGGACAGUGGCUCUGAUGGCGUUACUGAUGGUGCUGCUCACAUCUGUGGUCCAGGGCAGGGCCACUCCAGAGAAUUACCUUUACCAGGUACGGCAGGAAUGCUACGCGUUUAAUGGGACACAGCGCUUCCUGGAGAGAUACAUCUACAACCGGGAGGAGUGGGUGCGCUUCGACAGCGACGUGGGGGAGUUCCGGGCGGUGACGGAGAUGGGGCGGCCUGAUGCGGAGUACUGGAACAGCCAGAAGGACCUCCUGGAGGAGAAGCGGGCAGUGCCGGACAGGAUAUGCAGACACAACUACGAGCUGGACGAGGCCGUGACCCUGCAGCGCCGAGUCCAGCCUAGGGUGAACGUUUCCCCCUCCAAGAAGGGGCCCCUGCAGCACCACAACCUGCUUGUCUGCCACGUGACAGAUUUCUACCCAGGCAGCAUUCAAGUCCGAUGGUUCCUGAAUGGACAGGAGGAAACAGCUGGGGUCGUGUCCACCAACCUGAUCCGUAAUGGAGACUGGACCUUCCAGAUCCUGGUGAUGCUGGAAAUGACCCCCCAGCAGGGAGACGUCUACAUCUGCCAAGUGGAGCACACCAGCCUGGACAGUCCUGUCACCGUGGAGUGGAAGGCACAGUCUGAUUCUGCCCGGAGUAAGACAUUGACGGGAGCUGGGGGCUUCGUGCUGGGGCUCAUCAUCUGUGGAGUGGGCAUCUUCAUGCACAGGAGGAGCAAGAAAGUUCAACGAGGAUCUGCAUAAACAGGGUUCCUGACCUCACUGAAAAGACUAAUGUGCCUUAGAACAAGCAUUUGCUGUGUUUUGUUAGCACCUGGUUCCAGGACAGACCCUCAGCUUCCCAAGAGGAUACUGCUGCCAAGAAGUUGCUCUGAAGUCAGUUUCUAUCGUUCUGCUCUUUGAUUCAAAGCACUGUUUCUCUCACUGGGCCUCCAACCAUGUUCCCUUCUUCUUAGCACCACAAAUAAUCAAAACCCAACAUAA